AUGCAGACGGAGGCGAGGGUGGGGAUGGCGGCCGCCGCGACCGUGGACGGCGCCGCCGCCGUCGCCACGCGGCGGUACUCGACGCAGCAGCAGCCGCAGCCGCAGCAGCAGCAGCUCGCGACGCCGCUCCACCUCCUCGCCGGCGGCGUCGCCGGCGCCGUCAGCAAGACCUGCACCGCGCCGCUCGCCCGCCUCACCAUCCUCUUCCAGGUGCAAGGAAUGCACUCGGAUGUGGCCACCAUGCGCAACACCACCAUAUGGCGCGAGGCGUCCCGCAUCGUCUACGAAGAAGGUCCCCGCGCGUUCUGGAAAGGGAACCUUGUCACUAUCGCGCACCGGUUACCUUACUCCUCGAUUAGUUUCUACGCGUACGAGAAAUAUAAAUAUUGGCUCCAGAUGUUGCCUGGUCUCGACAAGAACAGCGGGUUAGGUGCCGAUGUUGGUGUCAGAAUGCUAGGCGGUGGCUUGUCUGGGAUAACGGCAGCUUCUAUGACAUACCCGCUGGACUUGGUACGCACACGUCUGGCUGCUCAGACGAACACAGCUUACUACAGGGGCAUAUCUCAUGCUCUCUUUGCGAUCUGCAGAGAUGAGGGUCCCAGGGGGUUGUACAAGGGUCUUGGUGCCACUUUACUGGGAGUAGGCCCCAGCAUUGCGAUAAGCUUCUCAGUUUAUGAAACGCUGCGAUCCCAUUGGCUACUAGAGAGGCCAUGUGAUUCCCCAGUCUUGAUCAGUUUGGCUUGUGGAAGUCUUUCCGGAAUUGCAUCAUCAACUUUUACAUUUCCGUUGGAUCUUGUGAGACGCCGCAAGCAGCUGGAAGGUGCAGGCGGGAGGGCUAAUGUCUACAAGACAGGACUAUUUGGAACAUUCACGCAUAUUGUCCGCACAGAAGGUUAUAAAGGAUUGUAUAGAGGGAUCUUGCCUGAGUACUGCAAAGUGGUUCCGAGUGUUGGCCUCAUUUUUAUGACGUACGAGACACUGAAGUCCAUGUUCACAGGAGGGGCAUCAGAUGAAUAGAUUUUGUCUGAUCGUGCUUGACAGUUUUGAUACUUGGGCCCAAAUAGUAUUGGAGUCUGAUUAGGGAGGGAAAGAGAUGACUUUGUAGUAUAUGUUAGAAUUUAGGUGGUGCUAAAUUUUGGAUUUGAUAACUUAAUAUCACUGGAUGAUAUUUAUGUCUACAGAUCUUGUAGUGCACCCAAGAGGAUUUAGUGACUACCGUAGGUCCUCCAAAAUUUUGCUGUCCACCGUUGUUUUGUGUAUGUUGACAUUUUUUUGCUUGUAAUGGUACAUGUGGCUGUUGUCUUCAGCCUGAUGACCUUUCGUACCUCUGGAAUACGGCCUCUGAUAUAAUUCAUGUUCUUAACAGUGAGGUUAUGACC